AUGGUUGAACAGUUUGAUGGUAAAUGGAAAAUGACUUCAAGUGACAAUUUUGAUGAAUACACGAAGGCUGUAGGUGCUGGUUUUGCCUCUAGGCACAUGGCUAACCUAGCAAAACCCAGUCUGUCGAUUGCUGUGGAUGAGCUGGGGUGCAUCUCUAUGAAAGCUGUCACUACCUUCAAGACCCUGGAAAUCAAAUUCAAAUUAGAUGAAGAAUCUGAUGAGACAACAGCAGAUGACAGGAAAGUCAGGACUACUAUGAGCCUUGAAGAUGGCAAACUUAUUCAAAAGCAGACCUGGGAGGGGAAGACCACAAUAAUUGAAAGAGAGAUUCAAGACUCCAAAAUGAUAGCGAAAUGUAUCAUGGAUGAUGUGGUCGCUAUCAGGACAUAUGAGAAAGAUGCGUGAUGAGAGAUGCACAAACUCUGGGCUUUAAGACCAAUUAAAGACCU